AUGUCGGAAUACACUUCAAAGAAGCCCGUCAUCGCCGUUGUAGGCGCAGGUCCGGGCAUCGGCGAGGCGGUCGCUCGCCGCUUCACUGCCGAGGGCUUCGUGGUCGCCCUCCUCGCCCGGACGGAAGACAAACUGCAGAAGAUGGCGGUGGGCAUCGACGCCGACUACGGUGCAGGCACGGCGCACUCCUACAUCACCGAUCUACGCGAGGAGCAGUCUGUCAUCUCCAGCUUCCACCGGAUCCGCAGCGACCUGGGCCCUGUCGAUGUCCUGGUCUACAACGCCGGGGCACGCCGCGUGAACGGCCGGUCGGUGCUCGACACCACGACCGAAGAGUUCGAGGGCUUCACCAAGAUCAACCUCUUCGGCGCCUUCUGGGCGACCAAAUGCGUGUUGCCGGACAUGCUGGCCGCGGGCAGGGGAACGAUCAUCUAUACGGGCGCAACGGGGUCGCUGCGCGGCAACCCAGGCCUCAGCAGCUUCUCGCCGGGCAAGUUCGGUCUACGCUCUCUGUCACAGAUCGUCACACGCGAGUACCAGGAGAAAGGCAUCCACGCCGCCCACAUCAUCGUCGACACCCCCGUAGAUGGGAAGCUGAUUGGGGAAUUUUCACGACGCCAGUGGCAGCGGCAAGGGCAGGGUGAGAAACUCGAUGACAUUGAUGCACAUCUUGCCCGUCCUGCGGACCUUGCUCAGAUCUACUGGUUCCUACAUACCCAGCCAAGGAGUGCUUGGACUCAGGAACUGGACGUCCGGCCCCAGAAGGUCAGCAUGUUCUCGAAGCUCUGA